GUUAUUAACACUGCAUCUCGUGCGUUGUUGCAGCCUACCGAAAUAAUAACAUAUUAAAAAUUUUCUAAGUUCAAACUUUAUUGUAUUUAAAGUUUUUUCAAACAUCACAAUGGUUAAUAGUUUAAAAAACUGCAGUCGCUCGUUCAUCGUUAUAUUGGUCCUAUUCUUUACUACUUCUAAUCGGUGGAUAUUGCCCGUGGAGAAUGCUAGAAUAUUAGCCGUGGAGACGCUCGGAUGUAAAAGCCACUGGAACUUUAUGAGCGCUGUGCUCCGGGCGUUGACGGACGCCGGUCAUAAAGUAACCGUGUUCACCCCGCUUCCGGACGGCGACCGUAACAAUUACACGGAAGUGGAUUUGUCAGAAAAUUUUCCGAUAUUAAUGGCAAAAGAUAUGAAAGCGACAUUGGACGUUUACGGCAAUCCAAUCGUGUACAUGAAUAUGAAGACUGGGUUGAACAGACGAUAUUGCGAUUCGGUUUACGGAAACCGACAGUUCAAAGAAGUAAUCCGCGGUAAAUACAAGGCAGAUUUCGACGUGAUCAUCAUGGAACCAUUGAGUGUUGACUGCAUGUCAUACUUGGCAAGCAGACUGAACUUACCGAUAAUAUAUGUGAUCCCAUCCCCAAUGAUUACGUACGCGGAACGCACGUUUACCGGGGACAUCUCGAAUCCCGCGGUUGUCUCCAAUUUAUUAGCACAACAAGCUGUUCCCACAACAUUCGUCCAAAGAGCAGCGAAUACUGCUCUUUUGGCGUAUAGUAUGCUAAUUACCACAUACGAUGAAUUUAUGCUGAGAGCUUUUGAUCCAAGACCAUACGACGUAUCUCCUAAGGUUCAUCCAUCUAUAAUAUUUCAAAACUCACACUAUAUAACUGAGUCUUCAAGGCCUGUUUCACCAAAUCUUGUUGACGUCGGUGGUAUUCACUUAAAACCACCAAAAGGUAUACCACAAGAUGUGUUAGACUUUAUUGAAGAUUCACCGCACGGAGUGAUUUAUUUCACAUUUGGUUCAAUAAUUCAACUCUCCUCAUUACCAGAACACAUUAUAAAAUCAUUUAAAGAAGCAUUUGCGAAUGUCCCACAAAAAGUUUUAUGGAAGUAUGAAGGUGAAAUGAAAGACGUUCCAAAGAAUGUGAUGAUAAAAAAAUGGUUUCCUCAACGUGAUAUUCUUCUGCAUCCCAAAAUAAAAUUAUUUAUUAGUCAUGGAGGAAUAUCCGGAGUUUAUGAAGCUGUAGACGGUGGAGUUCCUGUACUAGGUUUUCCCUUGUUUUUCGACCAGCCAAGAAAUAUAGACAACUUAGUUAUUGCUGAGAUGGCAAUCAGUAUGGACCUGUUCGCAAUCAACAAAGAGAAACUGUUAAAGAAUAUCGUAACACUCAUAAGCAACGAAAAAUACACGAUAAAUGCGAAAAUUGCCUCUCAACGUUUCAAAGAUCGACCUAUGUCACCAGAACAAUCAGUUGUUUAUUGGACGGAGUAUGUUAUUCGACAUAAAGGAGCGCAUCAUGUAAAAUCCCACGGACUUAAUCUAGCGUGGUAUCAAUAUUUUCUGUUGGAUGUGAUUGCUGUAAUAUUAAUAUUUAUUUCAUUAAUAUUAUUCAUAAGUUAUAGGCUUGUUAAAUUUAUGCGUGAAUAUGCUCCAAAAUAUUCACACGAUUUUGUUAGGUUUAAAACCCUUUUACUUUAGACUUAUGAUAAUAAUAUUUAACAUGCUUAAAUACCGAUAGGCAAUGACUGUAGUUUUCAUAUGUGCAAAAUGCACACGUUAUUUAAAUUGUUACAAUGAUGACAAUGUUUUUGGAAGGAAACUCGUCUUGUUUUUAUUUGAACUAAUAGAUCUAUAAAUGUUGAUGUACACAUUUUGUUUAAAAUCUAAUUCUAAGUCAACUUAAUCCAAUUUUUUUACAUAAUUACCUAUUUAUAUUAUACUUUUUAUGUACUUGUUUUUUAAAAUUAA